UUUUGCGUGGUCUUUUCUCCAGUGGGUGGUGGGGGCCCAGUCACGUUUCAAGCAGAAAUUUCCCAAUAGGUCAAAACGAAAAAAAAAAAGCAAAAAAAAAGCGCUUAGUCUUUAGUGAUUCCCUCCCAAGUUCAGUUCCUUCAUGUAUAAACGCGCAAGAAAAGAAUUAGCAAAGCAAGCUAUACAGACAGAUAUCUUUGAUGCUUUUGCUGAAACCAGUGAAGAAAUGUUAGCCGGCAUUUCCUCUGGAUCCGACAGCGAUGAAUCCGAUCUGGAGUUGGAAUUCAAGGAACGGAAACGAGUGCUCAAGAAACGGAAAAGAACAACCUCAACCGAAUCCGAAGAGGAUUCCGAGGACGAGGAAUCCGAGGAUGAAAUUCGCAAAAUUUUGAAGAAAAACAAGGUCUCCACAGAUUCAGAAUCGUCAGAUGCCUCCUCUGCGUCAGAGGAAGAACAAGAGGAAGAGGAAGACGAUGAUGAUAAUAGCCAGGAUUCGUCAAACGAGGAGGAGGAGGAGGAGGAGGAAGAAGAAGAAGAAGCGACAUCCAGCAGUGAUAAAGGCGAGGAAGAGGCUGAGAAACAGAGUGAAGAAGCCGAUGAGGACGAAGAAAAAGACCCCUUUGACGAGAUGGAAGACAGACCCAAAGGAGGGUUUGUGUGUAACAUCUGCCCACACAAAGUAUUAAAGGUCAAGGGGCAAGUGCGGGCCCAUUUGCAGAGCAAGGCUCACAAACGACGAGAAAGAUACCUGCAGAAACAUGGCCAAAUCUGAUGAUCAUAAGCCACAAUGUUUUUUUUUACCGCAUCUCAUCAUUUUUCACACCCUCUCAUUUCAUCUUUGUGUAUUUCAUUUUCAUAAUCUAGAACUUUUGUAUCAUGUUCAACUUUUUUUGGGC